UUUUCAUUGGUUCAAAUUGGAGCUCGAUUAGAAUAAAUUAGCAAAACAUGUAUAAAAAAAAAAAAUCAAAUCACUCUAGCUCGAAUCGUAUUCGGCUCGAUGGGAGCUCGAUCGAGUGCAAUUCCAUUACGUACCAAAUCAAAUUCAAAUACAACUUUUAAAACUCAAUAAAUUCAAGUAAAUUUAAAUUAUCAAAUACAUUUCUUUUUAUCUAAUUACCAAAUACAUUUUGAUUGGAUUCAUUUACAAAUUACAACCCAUCUCUCAUUAGAAAAAAGGAAAUGGUCUUAUUUUCGAUUUUCAUUUCUGACAAGGAUGGUCACUUCAAUUCAAGUCUGUCAAACAUUUUAUCGAACAUGUUCAGUUCAUAAACCAAAGAGGGGUACACACCAAUGGCCGGAGCACCGCCGAAACCCUUAUCCCCGGCGGAAUGGGAGUCACUAAUCGACGAAUACAAUCUCGCCGGCACCGCCCGUCUCCACCGCUGGACCAACGGCGCUCCCGUACUCGACCUCUGCCUCGCCUCCCUCCUCCGUAAAGACUUCCCCCUCCAACUCAAACUCCAUCUCCUCACUUUCCUCGAGCACCACUCCCUCGACGAUCCAUCGCCGCCGUCCUCCUCCUUAUCCCGCCUCCUCGACGCCCUCCGCGCCGUCAUCCAAUCCCCCAACGAACCGUUCUCUCUCAAGGAACAAUUCCUCGUCUCCGCCACCGCCGUUUUCAUCCCAUCUCUACUGGACAGCGACGAUUGUUCGAAUUCCGGCUCCCCGCUCGCCGGUCUGGUCGAGCUCCUGUUGACCAUCAUCAAUCGGCCCAAUCACGGCCUCGAUCGCCACACCAGAGGCAUCGCUUGCGAGUGUCUGCGCCAAUUGGAGCUCGCUUUCCCAUGUCUGCUGUCCGAAAUCGUCCCCCAUUUGUGGUCUCUCUGCCAAAGCGAGCGCACCCACGUUUCGCAAUGGUACGUUCUGUUACUGUCGACAACGAUGCUGAAUGUUGUCAAAUUGAAGCCCAACGACACCUCGAUUGCUUCGAUUAGUAAUGCUACAAUCCCUUUAGUACCGUUUAAUUUCCCGCAGUUUUUAAUCGAUGGGGUCGGAGGCGAUUUUGUGUGGAAGGAGAAGGAGAUUUGUUAUAAAGAGUUGAGAAAAGUGGUUGCUUUUAUGCUCGAAUGCCCGCAAUUAUUAACUCCGUUUGGAUUGGUCGAAUUUAUGAUUGCUAUAAUACCCGUAGCUGAAGAGUUGGAGCUCCAAACUUCUUUGUUGAGGGUACAGUUCUCGUGGCUUUUAUACACGUUCGAGCCGUUGCUUUGUCACGCUUUCUUGGGAUUGUAUUUGAAGUUUUUAGAUUCGUUUGGAGGGCAAGAAUUCGAAGUGGCUUCUCGGUUGUUGUUACUGUCGAAGGAAUCGCAGCACCAUUUGGUUUUUCGGUUGUUGGGUCUCCACUGGAUUUUGGGACUUUUCGGUUGGACAGUGGGUGAUGACGAGGCGAAGAAGAGAAGCGUUCUUGAUAUGAGCUCGAGCUUUUAUCCUACAAUUUUCGAUUCGCUGGCUAUGAAGGCGUUGAAGCUCGACUUGCUUGCGUAUUGCUCUAGUUUGGUUUUUAAUCGUGGAGAUGCAAAUGGUGUUGCUGUAAAGGGUGUGGAGGGAGAAAAGGAGGCGUAUGAGGUGAAGAUGUUUAAAGAUGGGCUUGUUUCUGUAUCGGCUUUCAAAUGGAUGCCUUCGUACAGUACGGAAACUGCGGUGGCGUUUCGAGCAUUUCAUAAGUUUCUGAUUGGUGGAUUGCCACAUUCUGAUGAUGCUGCUGCUUCGUCUGUUAGUGCUCUUAUGGAAUCGAAUAUCUUUCAUGCAUUACAGAAGAUGAUGGUGGACUCUACCUCAGAAUUCAAGGGACUAGUUCCGAUAAUAGUCUCAUCCAUCGACCGUUUAUUGAAUUGCCAAACGCACCGCUGGCUGGGCGAGCACCUUCUAGAAACCCUCGACAAACGUCUACUUCCAAAACUUAAAAAGGACUACAGCCUCGGAUCGUACUUCCCCAUAUUCGAAAGAAUUUCCGAAAACGCCAAAGUAUCGCCGGGUGGACUGUUGGAACUCCUCAUGAGUUUCAUGGUUUUUCUCGUCGAGAAACAUGGUCCUGACACAGGGUUGAAAUCGUGGCGACAUGGCAGUAAAAUUCUCCACAUUUGUAGAACGAUGCUAAUCCACCACCACAGCUCUAGCUUAUUUACUGGAUUGUCUCAUCUUUUGGCGUCUACUUGUCUUUAUUUUCCUGAUUUGGAGGUUCGUGACACUGCGAGAUUUCACUUGCGAAUGCUUACGUGUAUACCAGGAAAGAAACUCAAACAGAUACUGAAAACCGGGGGAAGUUUACCCGGAAUAUCUCCAUCUACUCAUUCCGCCUCAUUCUUUAAUAAUAAUACACAGUCUCCUCACUCGUUAUCCAACCUUAAAAAAUCCAGCACUAUCUCUUCUUACAUGCACAUCCAACGUGUCACACCGUCAUUGGUCAAGCAAUCGUGGUCCCUCUCCUUGCCAAAUUUCAGCACCAGUUCCGAUAAACCUAGUUUCUUUCAAGGCAUAGCCGAUCCUGAACCGAUAAUCGAGGAAAAAGACUCUGAAAUAACCAUUCAUCGGCAAAAAGAGCCUCUACGUGUAAUGGAUGCAAAAAUCUCCGAAAUUGUCGGCCAACUGAGGAGGCAUUUUUCGUGUAUUCCCGAUUAUAGACACAUGCAAGGACUCAAGAUUAAAAUCGAAUGUAGUUUGAGAUUCGAAUGUGAUCCUUUAUUAUCCGACGACGGAGUGGAGAAAUUACCUGCCCUUUACGCAACGAUUCUCAAAUUCACUUCCUCUGCACAAUACGGAACAAUUUCCUCUUUUCAUAUUCCUUUUCUUUUAGGAACACCUCCGAAAAAAGGCGAGCGUUCGAGUCAAACCGACGAUUCUUCAUUAUUAGCUAUUGUUCCGAUCGAUGAGAAUAAGAAUAAUGGUCAUUAUUCAAAAGAAGAGAAUUUCGAAGCUCGUGUAUGUAUAGAAUUGGAACCGCGCGAACCAAUGCCUGGUCUGGUAGAUAUUUUCGUCGAAGCUAAUUCGGACAAUGGUCAGAUAAUUAAGGGACAGCUUCAUGGUAUAUCUGUCGGAAUAGAGGAUAUGUUUCUUAGAGCUAUUUUACCUGAUGACGUGGAGGCUGCUGAUGUGGCGAGUUAUUAUGCUGACCUGUUCGAUGCUUUAUGGGAAGCGUGCGAGUCGUCGUCAAGUACAGGUAGAGAAACGUUCGUCUUGAAAGGAGGCAGAGGGGCGGCUGCUAUAAGCGGGACCCGGUCCGUGAAGCUUCUAGAAGUUUCCGCUGCGGAUCUGGUUCGAGGCGUGGAGCGCCACCUGGCGCCUUUCGUUGUUUGUGUUAUUGGGGAUCAGCUUGUUGAUAUGGUGAAAGGUGGGGGUGUGGUGAAGGAUGUGUUGUGGAGGGAAUAUUUUAAUUCGGAUUCCGAGUUUGAUGCGACACGUCCGCCAGCUGGCGCUGUGGGGGCCCCGCUUUACCUCAAGUACUUGGGGGAUGAGGACGAGGGUGGGUCCCACAUUCCGGCGAGUAGGAAAAAUAUCGGCUAUUUUCAGGUUUUGAUAUUUCUACCUCCGAGAUUCCAUCUGCUUUUCCGAAUGGAGAUUCGCGAGUUUUCGACUCUGGUUCGGAUUAGAACCGAUCAUUGGCCUUGCUUGGCUUACGUCGAUGACUAUUUGGAAGCUUUAUUUUUGGACUGAAUUAAUAUUGUUUUUUUUUUUGUUCUUUAUUUUGCUUUCAAAUUCUUUUAUUCUUGUUUACCUCAGAAGAAUAAUUGCUUCCUUUAUAAUUGGUUGAAGUAUGGAAUAUGUGUAACUGUAUAAGUAUUACCACUUCAUCUUUCUGUGUAAUUUUAAUUUACAUGCUUGUUUAAAAUUGUUUUUUUUUUC